AUGGGGGAGCAUCCUGCACACUGGAGGGACAGCCUGAUGGGUUGGGACUUCUGGCAAGACGCGACCCAGUAUGAAGACAACAUCAGCAAAGAGCUGGACAUCGCCCUGGACCUGGAUCUACCAAAGCGCUUCCCUUUCAAUCUGGGCGACGAGGAAGCUCCUACUAAGGGACGCCGUCGCCUAAGCAUGUCAGACGUCAAACCACCUGGUGUCCGGCGUCACUCUUCGCUGACAACGAGAGCAUCUCGGUUCUGGGACACGGAACACCGUGCACGAUCUCCAUCACCCUGCAGAAUGGCACCACCCCCAAUGAAUCCUUUUGCCUCUCGAAUUUCAGCGCCUGGGAGUCCUCCUGCACCUCGACAAGGACGGUUGCGGCCAGUCAAACCACCUGAACUUCCACCAGGAAUCACCAUCGAGACCCGUGGAGUAUCGCGUUCGCCGCCCCCCUCACUUUCUUACCGAACUGAACCCCCUGUGGACGAUUUUGCAACGGCAGCAAAGCCAUUUAUCGGUUUUCCUGGUGGCUCGACCUGGGCGGAUUUGCCCCAGCACAAGAAGACACUGGGCUUAGACCUGUUCCGGCCGUGUCCAACGGAACUUGAUGAAUUGGCCUGUUUGGGUAUCGAGGAAAUGAGACCGAUAUGCCAGUUCCGCCACCUACGCUCACUGACAAUCACGGGCAUGCUGCAGUCGUAUCAAUCCUACAUCUGGCAGGUGGCCUGGCUCAACUUUGACCUCGAGGAGCUGCACCUUGAGAUGUCACUGGAACCUAAGGUCCACAGUGCCAUACAUGCCGCGCAGUGGAAGCCGAUUCAAGAUGGAUGGGAGAUGGACAAGAGAUACUCGGCAGAACCAGUGUACCAUGGUCAUCUUGGCGACGGCGAGCUUCACCCAGACAUUGGCUGCGGCGAGUACCUUGACAAGCACAGCAUUGAAAAGGCCAAGAUUCUGGCUAUGGCUACGAGCCGGGCGUGCAAGCGCCUCAGUAUCAAGAACCUGACUCUCUCUGGCUUCGUCAUCGACGCUGACCCCUUCCUGCAUUGGUUUGAUCCCGAACAGCUGCUGACCAUCAGGUUCCUUGGUCAAUGCCUGGAUGCCGGGUUCUGGCUGCCGCAGGCCAUGAAGGUAUCUUUGCGGUGCCCGAGGAAGAUGGAGCCGGGGAUUGUUUCUGUUGGGAUGAUCCCGGUUGAUCUGCAGAAGGACCUGAAGGUAGUGAGCGUGAAUGAGGGAUGGCUGCAGGGCAGAGUUCACCUCCUGGACCUGAUGCUGGAAUGA